GGAUAAUGUUAAGAUGAACUUAGCAUGGCUGUUGGUGUAUUCGUAGUGAGCUUCAUCUUAGUUUCUCCGUUCAUACCUCUCGGUUAUCUGAUCGUUCCACCAAAGACACCAGUUUUAUCUGGGUUUGAACCUGCUGCUAUUGGCUCCAAUCGUGAUCUCGUCUGCGAUGCAUCUCAACCUGAUGCCGGGACCAUCACCUAUAAAUGGUAUAAAUACUCGAUUGUUAAUGGUGUAGAGAAUUGGGAACCCAAAGGACCCAUUGGUACAAGUCAGAAUUACAUCUUUAAUCCAGUCACUGAGAAGAAAGUGUUCCACUUAUUUUCAAAUGCGGACACAGUCAGUGGGAAGUACAAGUGUCGAGCAUCGAACUCGGCCGGAACAAGAGACAGCGAAUGGGGAGAUCUGUAUGUCUAUACACCAUGUUCAUUGUAUACUGUGAGUGUUUCACCACCCAAACCUGCAAUCGGAAGUACAUUCACCCUCAACUGUAACAUACACAAUCCAAGUGGAUUGACUGUGAGGUGGUUAAAGAGGGCUGGUGCUUUAUCUCCAGCUGUAGAUGUAGCAACAGCGAAUAAGUUGGGAUGCCAUGCUCCAAGUAACCCACGCUACAGUUGGAGAUACUGCAGCCCACCAAGCAUCUUUUCACCAACAAAGACAUUCAAUCUACAAGUCACCAAUGCUCAGCCUUCUGAUUCUGGUUACUGGAUUUGUAAGGACAUUGGUCUAAGCUGCGACAGUGACCCAAUCAAGCCAGUGGUGCAAGCGCACCCAGUCACGCCACAGAUCACCGGUUUCCCAUCAGGACCAGUCAUUGCUGGAACACAGCUCAACUUGAAGUGUGUGGCCUCGCCUCCUGGAGAUACCUACGAUUGGUACAAAGAUGGUACAAAGGUUACAACAUCAUCGAGUUACGACUUCCAAGUGACAAAGGAUAGUGCUGGUGUUUACAAGUGUGUGGCGAGAAAUGAUGUCGGGUCUGCUCCAAGUAGUGACAAGACAUUAGUCGUUUAUUACAAACCUGAUUCCGUUGUCGUGUCAUCUGGAAAGACCUCGUCCUAUGUUGGUGAGAAGGACAAGUUCACCUGCACAGUCUCUGGCGGCAACCCCACCCCGACCGUGAAGCUCUACUUCAAGAGGUCAGGCGGAACACCAGUAGAGGUCACCCAAGGUCAAGACAGGGUAAUGGCUAAAGAAGACAACCAGGCUGAGUACUACUGCGUGGCGAAGGUCACUGGGUAUCCCGCCUUCGAAAUGACUUCAAGCAGGAAGACAUACAGCGUAACAUUUUCAAACACCAAGGUUUCCUUUCUUAGUAUCCCGACCGCUGUUGUCCAGGCUGGUCAGGUAAAGAAGUUCACAUGUGAGACGGAUGAGAGUAAUCCAGUUACCGACAUCAAGUGGUAUCAACAUAUCACUGGUUCUUCGUGGCAAGAUGUCACAACCGGAAUCUCGUCAUCCGAGAGGAAUGGUGUGUAUGGUGGAAAGAUCAGGAUCAGCGAGUGGUCUGUAACUGCAACAAAGGCAAUGAAUGGUGAAACUGUAAGAUGUGCGUCCAUCUACUCCCUGACUGGUCAUGUCUUUACGACAAAUACCGAUACCACAAUGUAUGUUAAAUUUCGCCCAUCAAAGAUAACUAUACCAAAGAGACCACCAGCUGCGAUCCACGAGGAGAAGCCGAUCAUGAUUAUCUGUGAGACAGACAGUGCCAACCCAGUAGUGAAUAUCCAGUUCCACCGGAAGAGGGCAGGGGGAAUCUGGGAGCAAUUGACAUCGGGGAUAACAUCUCAAACCAGGAGGACCAGCCAGGCUUACACUCCACGUAAUCGCCAACCCUCGACCAACCAAUGUCACCUGGUAUCACCCAAAUCACAAGAUGGCAACUGGGGAAAACUUCAUCCCGCGGAAGAAAAUGGGACAUACACACUGAGCAAGGGAUCUGUAGGGACUCCAGACUAUGGAAACUACAUCGUCAUAGUGACUAAUUCUGUUGGAAUGUCAUCUUUUGUUUUUGAACUUCUCCGCAGAGCUGCUCCAAAUGCCCCGACCAUUAAGAUCACCCGUAACGGGAGACUGGUGACGGUCGUGUUCGGGGCGCCGAUUCGGGAGUACACAGGUUUCCAGCUGAAGUUCUGUGGACCAGGUCAGGCACCAAAAACAACAGGCUGCAGCGCGAUUCGCUUUAUCAACCAGGGACCAACGAAGUCAACUUACACAGUCAGCGUGACAAACGAGACCACGAUCUAUGUUUUCUACAUGGAUUUUUAUGUUGGAGAUGAUGUUGUUUAUAGUUCUGGUCAAGUGCAUCCUAAACAGGCCGUGCCUGCUGGAAGUAGUCCUGAUGGUGGCAUGAUAGCUGGCGUUGUUGUAGCCGUCGUCAUAGUUGUAGCUGUGGUGGUGGUGGUCGUCGUCCUACAUAGGAGGAACAUGGCAUGCUUCGCUGAUCUUGUUCAUUUUACCAGUACAUGA